AUGCCUUCUCUCGCUAUUCUGGACGACUAUGCUGGCAUAGCUCCCACCUAUUUCAAGCACAUUCAAAAUCUCCAUGUCGACAGCUUCCCCGACACUAUACCACCAAACAACCCAGAAAACGUACGAGCACUGGCUGCUCGUCUUGAUCAGUAUGCCAUCAUCAGCUCCAUGCGUGAACGUACCCCGUUUCCCAAAGACCUGCUUGCUGCACUGCCCAACCUCAAACUCUUGAUCACCACCGCCAAGCGCAAUCGUGCUAUCGACAUGGCUGCCGCACGAGAACUCGGCAUUGUGGUCGCUACCGCUCCAGGCACUCGUGAUAUCACUCAUCCAGAGCUUCCCUUGAUCGUUGCUCCAUCACCCGAGUACGAUGCCACUACCCAGCAUUGUUUUGCUCUCAUCCUCGCUCUUGCUUCACGCAUACCAACCGAGGACGCCGCAUUGCACUCAGGCGGUUCAUUCCAGACUGGCCUUGGUUUUACUCUUUCCAACAAAGUCUAUGGAGCUGUCGGUCUUGGAAGGCUUGGUACAAAUGCUGCGCGUACAGCUGUUCUGGGAUUCGGAAUGAAAGUCAUCUCAUGGAGUGCAAACUUGACCCAAGAGAAAGCAGACGAGGCAGCUGCGAAUGCAGGUCUCCCAAAAGGUUCCAUCAAAGCCGUGACCAAGGAAGAGUUGCUCAAGACAGCAGAUGUUAUCAGCAUGCAUUACGUGCUCUCGGAUCGUAGCAGAGGAACCAUUGGUGCAGCUGAAAUUGCCAUGAUGAAGAAGAACGCCAUCUUGGUCAACACUUCUCGGGGUCCUCUGAUAGACGAGGAGGCUCUACUCGAUGCACUCAACCGUGGUGUCAUUAGAGGUGCAGCAUUGGAUGUCUUUGACGUGGAGCCUCUUCCUCGGGACAGUCCAUGGCGCACCACCUCCUGGGGGCAAGAUGGCCGGUCUCUCGUUGUUCUCUCGCCACACAUGGGCUACGUCAACGAUGAGACGAUGCACAAGUUCUAUGCGGAGCAGGCGGAUACUGUACAGCGCUAUAUUGCGGAUGGUAUCGAAGCAGUGCCAGAUGUUCUGAAUUGA